AUGCAAAACAAUAAAUAAUUUCAUUCAUUUGAGACCCUUUCUCAAUAAUUAAAAAAUUAUAUCAUCAGAAAAAAGCCUACAAUUAAAGAAAUUAAUGAUUCAUUUUUAGAUAUAAUUUUGUUUUGCUCUAUCGAAUAUGACCUAAAUGAUUUGAGUAAGAAUCAAAAAGAAAAGUAAUAGCAAAUAAAUUAUAUAAAAGAGCUGAAUGAAUAAUUAGGUAAAUUUCCAACUGAUUUUGAAAAGCAAAAUAUGUUAAAACUAUUAUUUAUUCCUAACAUGAAACUCAUUAUUGAUAUGAUAUCAAUAAAUCUUUUUCGUAGACCUGCAGCUAUGAUAAAAGAAAUAAAACCAAAUUUGACUUAUGAAUUCGAAGUAAUAGAAACCAAUCCUUAGAGGGAACGCUUUAAAUGUUUUAGCGACUUUUUAUUAUUCAUAGUAAUUGAAACUGAAUAAAAAUAUCUCAAAAAAUUUAUUACUAAACAAUUUAUUUGUGAAUUUGUUCAAUCCUUUAACAGAGAGGAUUCUUAUGAAAAAGAUGAAUUGUUUCGAUUAUUUAAAAAUUUAUAUUGUUUUUAAUAUGCAAGAAAUCUUAGGGAAGCUUUGUAUUAAUAGUUAAGAUCUUUAAUCCAUGAAGAUUAUAAAUUGGAAGGUGUAUAAACGAUUUUAUGGUCAAUAUAUUAAUUUACUCGUGGUUUUACUACCCCACUUAGGGAAGAGCAUGUUAUUACUUUCAAAAGCGUUUUAAUUCCUCUAUAUAAAGUGAAAUUAUUCGAAGAUAAAGAUUUUUUUAAUGAUCUAGAAAUUUUAUGCCAUGAAUUUAUUUCAAAGGACUCCUCUCUCGCGUAUUCUCUCCUUGAAGCAAUCAUUCGCUACUGGCCUUAUGAUAAUACCUAAAAAUAGCUUAUCUUUUUAAAUAUAAUACUAGGUAUCAUAGAAAUUUGUGAGUGUUAAUCAUUAAAAAAUAUCAUUUAAAAACUUUUAUGGCGAUUGGCUUAAUGUAUAACUGGAUCUAAUUUGUAAGUUGCUGAUAGGGCAAUGUGCUUUUUUGAAAACGAAUCUUUUUUAAAAGUUUUUAUCUAUUAUAAAGCAUUAACUUACCCACUAUUUACAUAUUCUAUUUGUUAGCUUGCAAACAAUCACUGGCAUCCUGUUAUGAAGCAAAGUUUCACAUUACUUAAGACUAUUAUCAAAGAUUUAGAUAAUCAAUCUUUUGAAGAAGCUUUAGCUUAAAAAAGCGAAUAUUUCUUUCCUAUUGUAAAUGGAAACAUUAAAUUAAUUUAUAAGAAUGAAGAAAAAUGGAAGAUUAUAUUUGCUUAAGCAAAAUAAAAAGAUCCUUCAAUUAGUGAGCCCAUAUUCAUUGAUACGAAUGUUAUCACCGAGAAUAAUAUUCUAAAUAAGAAAUACAUUCGUGUAGGUGAUUGA